UUUAUUCUCCCCUCCCAUCCGACUCUAUCAAUCAUCCGUUCCGCCUCUCGUGCUCGUCUCCACAUCAAGAACAAGAAACCACAGAGCUCAGAAGCAGCAGCCAGCAGCACACAUCGAAUCGAUCAAAUGGCGGCGCAGCAGCAGAGGCAGAUGCAGGCGGGGUCCGUGGACUUCGAGGACUACCUGCCGAUGAUGGCGGAGCGGCUGGGGGAGGAGGGCCUGAUGCAGGAGCUGGCGAGCGGGUUCCGCCUGCUCAUGGACCCGGCGCGCGGGCUCAUCACCUUCGACAGCCUGCGCCGCAACGCGCCGCUGCUGGGGCUGGGCGGCAUGUCCGACGACGACCUCCGCGGGAUGCUCGCCGAGGGGGACUUCGACGGCGACGGCGCGCUCAGCGAGAUGGAGUUCUGCGUGCUCAUGGUCCGGCUCAGCCCCGAGCUCAUGGACGAGCCGCGGAGGUGGCUGGACGACGCUGUCUCCCAGGCCUCGCAGUUCCUCUUCACCAGCUAGAGCCUAGGAGAUCAUCGAUUGGCGAUUCGAGAUGGAUAGGAUUUUUUUUAUCUUCUUUUCUUUUCUUCCUCUUCUUCCCGUUGUUCAUAGCAUCAGGAUUCAAGAAGGGACUGCUGAUUGGUCGAUGGAUUCCAUGUGUACUCCUCUGUUCCUUCUCGGUGGAUUCUGAAUUAAUCAACCCGCUUCUUCUUUUGACUACCACA